GAGAUAGAAUGCAAAAUUUUGUUGGGUACCAACAGUCCACCCACAGCAGCACGGAAACCUGAGUAUACAUGAUCACCCAAGGAUAUCAACACCCCGUCAUUUUCUCGGGUAUGUGCACAAGGGCGGACAAGGACAUGAUUCUCAUGGUGGGUGAAUAGGGUUUGAGAAUCCAUCACUGUUACCGACCAAUUCGAGGGAUUGUUGUUGUGGAGCUGAAUUUCCCACGAUUUGUGCGGCUGGUAUUUGCAGGAACAUCCUUGAUCUUAGUGGGAUCUCCCAUCUUUGGCGUUGUGAAUUUCGGGGCUUCGCAGGUUUUCGGUGUGCCGCGGGAAAGAUACGUCAGCGGUAGAGAAGCGGAAGCGACAAUGGUUCUCCUUCUACUGGAAAUCAAGGCAGAGCUUGAGAAUAUUACCAACUUAGUUCCUAAAGGAGGUUCUGAUGGAACGGAGUAUACCUAUUAUUUCAAGAUCAAAUGCGGAGGUUGUGGGACCGUAAGUGACAAGGAAACCUCUGUAACUCCAUCAGAACUGUAUGAUAUUCCUAAAAGCAAAGGCUCGGCCAAUCUUGUGCAGAAGUGCAAAUUCUGUGCCAAAGUAGGAAACAUCACAGCGAUCCCCGGACGCGAAAAGCCCUACACCAUGGAGGACAGCGAGAGCGGCAAGUUUGUUCCCAUUGGAUGCUUUGACUGCAGAGGCAUCGAGCCUGUUGAGUUUUCAUUCAAGGAUGGGUGGGCAGCCGAAGGAUUGACCGGCACCAAGUUUGUAGAUAUCGAUUUGUCUGAGGAGUGGUCGGAGUACGAUGAGAAGGCAGCGGAGUCCGUGGGCAUUCUAAACAUGCAACAUCGGUUUGUGGUGACGAAGUAGGGGAUUCUAUGCUGAAUCUCCACCGUUCUGCGAGCAAGUCUGCACCAGCAUGUUGCAGUGGUUCCAGGGAAUUAUUGCAGCAAAUGAUAUUGCAAGUUUGCAACUGUAGAAAUGAGCCUAAUGCAAUGCAAUCUUUGGGCAACGCCUGCAGUCUUAACAUCCGCUUAUGCGAAA